GCCCUAUGGGGAGUGGGAGGGGGCCGCCAAGCACUGUCCUUGUCCUUCCCUGGUCCAGCCCCCACACCCUAACCCAUCUUGGGACAGUCCCCAGGGAUCCCACUGGACCUUGUCCUUCCACAGCCUCCUUCCAGGGACCCAACCCCCUCCCCUGCCUGUGCCGCCUUCCCUCCUAGGCCUGGCUGUGGCUGCCUUUCUUCCUCCUCCUCCUCCUCCUUCUCCUGCCGCCGCCGCCGCCGCCGCCGCCGCUGUUGCUGCUGCUGCUGCUGCUGCUGCUGCUGCUGUUGCUGCUGUCUAGCACACACCGCCAGCCCCUGGGGUGUGGUUUCCCCAGACCUGCCCCCAUCGGUGGGACCCAGCCUUCUCCAGCCUCUCCUGCCUGUCUCCUGCAAGGUUCAGCAGCCCCCACCUCCCUGGAGACACACCCAACUCCCUUUCAACACCCCCACUGUUCUCUCCAACCCAUUUUUGGGGAAAUCUUUGUGCCCAACUUCAGUCCGGUUGAAUCCCAGCACCUUAGGGUUCCCCAGGCCCCUCUUCUCUUCUCCCAGAACUCUUUAGAGUGUGGACCAGGCUUCCUCUGCCCCUUUAGAUAUCCCCCUCACCCAGAUAUCUACAGUCCUCUUACAAAAUAAUCCAGUCCCAUAACUACCUCUUUAGCUACCCCAUUCCAUUUCCAGCCCCACUAGGGGGCCCUCACUUCUUCUGCUUUCCCUAGAACUCCUGUAAUAUGUAGACAACACCCCCAGGCUAUUCUUGGCAGCUCUAGGCACUCCCAAGACACUUUUCAGCCUCUUUACAACCUCCUGGCUCUACAGCCACCCUUGAGAAGCACCAGCCCCUUUUCAGAUCCAAUGAGGGUGCUUCAACCCCCUUAUCUUUACCCUAGAAGUCUUGAGGGUGUGGAUGACCCUCCUCACCUUUCUCAGCCCCUCUAGAACCAGCCCCCAGGCACACUCAGCCUCUUUCAAGCACCUCUGAUCCCAUUUGCACCCCUCUGGAUGCCCCAAUUUCCUCUCCAAACUGGCUAAUGGGUUCCAGACCUAUUUUUCCUUCCCUGAGAACUCUUGAGAGUGUUGAGAGCUCCCCACUUGUUUCUCGGUCCCUCUAGACACCCCCAAACAUCUCUCAGGCACAUGCUGACCCCACUAGAAUCAUCUCUCUCUAAAGAUCCUGGGGAUCCUUCUUGUCCUCUCUGAUCUCCUUAAGCCCUUAUUAGUCCCUCAGGACACCACAAGGGCCCCUCCUAGACCCUCUAAAUGCCCCCUAAGCUCCUGCCCAUCUCUCUAGUUCCUCCUCCUCGUUCCUCUUGGCCUCUCUAGACACCCCCAGUUUCCUUGUCCGGGUGGCCCAGGGCCUCUCCAAGCCCCCACCAUCCUGGAGACAGCCACAUUCUCCUAAACGCCACCCCCCCAAGUCUCCGUGGGCCUGGGGAGCCGCAGGAUGGCGGCAGGCGUGGCCACGUGGUUGCCCUUUGCACGGGCGGCCGCUGUGGGCUGGCUGCCCCUUGCCCAGCAGCCCCUGCCCCCAGCGCCAGGGGUGAAGGCAUCUCGAGGGGAUGAGGUUCUGGUGGUGAACGUCAGCGGCCGGCGCUUCGAGACCUGGAAGAACACACUGGAUCGCUACCCAGACACAUUGCUGGGCAGUUCUGAGAAGGAGUUCUUCUAUGACGCGGACUCUGGCGAGUAUUUCUUUGAUCGCGAUCCGGAUAUGUUCCGGCACGUGCUGAACUUCUACCGAACUGGCCGGCUACACUGCCCACGCCAGGAAUGCAUCCAAGCCUUCGAUGAAGAGCUGGCCUUCUAUGGCCUGGUCCCCGAGCUUGUGGGCGACUGCUGCCUUGAAGAGUACCGGGACCGCAAAAAGGAGAAUGCUGAGCGCCUGGCUGAGGACGAGGAGGCUGAGCAGGCCGGGGAUGGGCCUGCCCUGCCAGCAGGCAGCUCCCUGCGGCAACGGCUCUGGAGGGCCUUCGAGAACCCACACACUAGCACUGCAGCGCUGGUUUUCUACUAUGUGACUGGCUUUUUCAUCGCAGUGUCGGUCAUCGCCAAUGUGGUGGAGACCAUCCCGUGCCGCGGCCCUGCACGGCGGCCACCAAGGGAGCAGCCCUGUGGUGACCGAUUUCCGACAGCCUUUUUCUGCAUGGACACGGCCUGUGUACUCAUAUUCACGGGAGAAUACCUCCUGAGGCUUUUUGCUGCCCCUAGCCGUUGCCGCUUUCUGCGGAGUGUCAUGAGCCUCAUCGAUGUGGUGGCCAUUCUGCCCUAUUACAUUGGGCUUUUUGUGCCCAAGAAUGAUGAUGUCUCUGGUGCAUUUGUCACCCUGCGUGUGUUCCGUGUUUUCCGCAUUUUCAAGUUCUCCAGGCACUCCCAGGGUUUGCGGAUUCUGGGCUAUACACUCAAGAGCUGUGCCUCUGAGCUGGGCUUUCUCCUCUUUUCCCUCACCAUGGCCAUCAUCAUCUUUGCCACUGUCAUGUUCUAUGCUGAGAAGGGCACCAGCAAGACCAACUUUACCAGCAUCCCUGCGGCCUUCUGGUAUACCAUUGUCACCAUGACCACACUUGGCUAUGGAGAUAUGGUGCCCAGCACCAUUGCUGGCAAGAUUUUUGGGUCCAUCUGCUCACUCAGUGGUGUCUUGGUCAUUGCCCUGCCUGUGCCAGUAAUUGUGUCCAACUUUAGCCGCAUCUACCACCAGAACCAACGUGCUGACAAGCGCCGAGCGCAGCAGAAGGUGCGCUUGGCAAGGAUCCGGUUGGCAAAGAGUGGAACCACCAAUGCCUUCCUGCAGUACAAGCAGAACGGGGGACUUGAGGACAGCGGCAGUGGGGAGGGACAGGCGCUGUGUAUCAGGAACCGUUCUGCUUUUGAGCAGCAACAUCACCAUUUGCUACACUGUCUAGAGAAGACAACGUGCCAUGAGUUCACAGAUGAACUGACAUUUAGUGAGGCUCUGGGAGCAGUCUCGUUGAGUGGCCGCACCAGCCGUAGCACCUCUGUGUCCUCCCAACCAGUGGGGCCUGGCAGCCUGCUAUCAUCUUGUUGCCCACGCAGGGCCAAGCGCCGUGCCAUCCGCCUUGCCAACUCCACCGCCUCAGUUAGUCGCGGCAGCAUGCAGGAGCUGGAUACGCUGGCAGGGCUGCGGAGGAGCCCUGCCCCUCAGAGCCGCUCAAGCCUCAAUGCCAAGCCCCAUGACAGCCUUGACCUGAACUGUGACAGCCGGGACUUUGUGGCCGCCAUUAUCAGUAUCCCCACCCCUCCUGCCAAUACACCAGAUGAGAGCCAACCUUCCUCCCCUGGUGGUGGUGGCGGCAGGGCCAGCAGUACCCUCAGGAACUCCAGCGUGGAUACCCCCUGCCUCCUCCCUGAGACUGUCAAGAUUUCUUCCCUGUGAAGUAUGGGCCUGCUCAUUCAGAGGGCCCUAUUUUUUCUUGGGGGAGUCCUUUCCAAAGCCAUAUUUUGGGGAGGCAGAGAGGGACAGGCCUGGGGACCCCUUCUGCCCCCUUCUGAGAACUAUGCAAUUAGGUUUUAUGGAAUGGCCCACUUGGUAAUGGGAAACUUGCCCUCUCCCAGUCUUCUUGGUGGGAGCACUGGGCUUCCACAGGCCUCCAGCCUCCUUCCUCUAACACACACUGGGACCGGCCCCUCUCCUCUAGCUGGUCUCCUGCAUGCUCCUCCCCAUGGGUCUUUGGAGGUAGGUAAAGUUCCUGUCUUAAUAUCUGAGCUCUGGCUUGACAAAGAUUUGAGAUUUCAUCUUCUCUCUGACCAGUCUGUAGAGGUUUGGGGGUUCAGAGACGGAAACCCUCACUCUUGAUCUGACCUCUAGGAGAGGUCCUUUCUCUCUACCAGGCCCAACAGUUCCCCAAUUCUGAAGCUUGGAAUGUAACCAUGGACUUUGUGAGCUGUGGCCUCAGCAGUGACCUGUCACCCCCUGGCCCCCGGUUGAGGGGUCAGGCUACCUCUCCCAACAUACAGAUAGCACAAACAUCACUGCAACUUCCCUGGCUGCUGGAAAUGGGUCCCCUGCCAUCCUGUCCUCUGUUGGGUCCUCAGCAAAUUCUAGCAAUAGCAGCUGCUGCCAUGAUGAUAUGCAAAGCCUCUUACCAGUUUGCUGCAGCAUUUACAUCUGCCCUGAUCAGAUGGGCCACCUCUAACUAGUACUCCUCUCUUCUCUGGUUUGCUUCCUUCCUGGGUUGGGCUAAAGUCUGGACUGGCCGAGAUAAGAACCCGGCAGCUAGCAAGAGCUGGGCUGCAUUUGGUGAUCAUGGACCAAUUCCAUGUUCUUGGGGAGGAGUCCAGAAGCAUCAGGGGCUGAGACCUGGGUUGUUCUGAACUCUGGGAGGUGUAGGAGGCAGGAGGAAAUACCUAACCACCUCCUCCUCCCUCGUAACUCCUUUUCAUAUAUUCUUCUCUCUUUUCCCUCUUGGGUCACCUUCCAGAACUCUGCUCUCAGGCUGAAAUCUGGCAUCAUCUCAGGUUCCCUGUCCCCAGUACUGUCCCCGUGGAGCUGGUGGCUGACAAAGAUGUAGUUUCCAUCAAUAAAACCUGAGAGGAGAAACGAA